UUCAGGUAUCUUGAAUCAUUAUGUCGGGAAGGAACUGUAUGCCACGAGAGGUCCGUGACGCGCCACCGCCUGUGGUGGUGCACCGGGGCCCACCUCACCUUGUGGUUCUUGAAGAGGAACUUGAGCUCUAGCAUCAUGAUAUACAAUGGAUCAUGGUGGAAAAUGGACAUGUGGUUGAAGCAAAUGUGGUUCUUCAGAGGGAGUUGACUGUGGUCAAAUACGAGAUUUAUAGGUUAAGUCAGAUCAUUCCGAAACUGCACGCUGAAAGAGAUGCACGUCCGCGUGAUUUGAUUGAUAGAGGAAGGAAGCUCGAGGCGGAGCUUCGUGAUGCCGAGCCUUUGAGGGCGGAUGUUAGUCAUUUGAGAAAUGAGGCGCAGAAGUUGAAUUCGUUAAGGCAAGGGUUGUCGAAUCAGGUUCAGACUCUUGUUGAGGAUUUUAGCCUAUUGAGAGCGGAGAAUGAACAGGUGGCGGCUAUUAAGACGGAUAUUGAUGGGAUGCGUAAAGAUGUUGUGGAAAUGAGGAGAGAGAUUAUGAAAUGUUGAAGAAAGCGAACGAGGAGCAUUUGAUUCAAAAGGAAGCAAUGGACACGCUUGAUACGUUUGAUAACAAUCCAAAUUAAUGCUUUCUUUUAUUCCUAAUAGGACACGCUGCUCGCCAUUUUCAUUGCUGAAUAAUGAAUCAAAGACGAUGAGGAUGAUAUUGAUGUGGUUCAAGUUGGGGUUUCCACUGCUGCUGUCACGGCUCAAUUCAGCUAUAAAGAUCUUUUGCUCGAUCGUUACUCUUUUUCUUCG